UACAUAACUUAACCCGCGAUCAAUAAAUGGAAUGAACUGGUUUAAAAUAUUAGUUAAAUAAAAUUGUGACUGAGGAACACACAAAUUAUAUAAAAUGUAUGCAGCAGCAGGAGGGGCAUCGCUGGCGUCACGUCAAGCACGUCAACGACAACGUCAACAAAAACGAAACCAACAAUUACAAGCAAAACUCCAUCCACCAAAAUUAUCUGCGUUAUCGAUUAGCGAACAUGGCGCAUCAACUCCAACUCGCACCCAGUCACGUCAGUUCCACCAGCUGCCGAUCAACUAUCUGCGCACACCACAGACACAAACAAGGAAAUUAAGCGCCAGUUACACGGCACAAUCAAAACUUUUACUGCCUAUUGAUGAAAGUGAUAAUCAGUCAGUGUUGCAGAUGCGCGUACAAUAUGUGCAUUCUCAAAUGCACCAUUCUCAUAGUCAUGCGCAUCCUAUUCAACUACAUCCCUAUCCACAAAAUCAGUCCGCGCAUCAGCAGCAUCACUGCUACGAAGGCACUUCCCGUAACAUAGUUCAUCGACACUCAGGCAGUGGUGCUAGUAGCUUUCAUCAAUCUAAGCUUCCUAAGUCCGCCACAGCGACCUUACCACUCGUCUCACAAAUAGGAGCUACGCCGCCGACGACACCAUGUGGUGCGGCCGAAGGUACAACUACCACCACUACAAAAGUUGGGACGUCAUCUGCCGAUCAAUCUUUCAUUUAUUUAUCCCACCAUGAUGCAAUUAUUGUGACACCGGCCACGCCGAUGGCCUCGCCAGGGCAUGUAGGCAAACCACUACAACAGCAGGAGGAAAAACUAACGGAUACUUUUAUGGAAACCUGUACCACUCAGACUGAAGCUAUUGAAAAUGAUAAUCAUGUUACUGAUCCGUCAAUCGUUCCAUUAGAACGAAAGUGCAGCGUAUAUCGCAUGCGACGAAAUGAACCCCACCGAUAUGAGAACGCGAGCGCUGUUGGCAGUAUGAGCAGCAGCGUUAGACGGCAGCUGAAGGAUCUGCAGUUUAAUCAACAACAACAGUAUGAACCACUCCUCAGCAACGAGUCGCAUCUUUGUUAUAAGGGACUAGCGAAUGGGCGCAAAUUGCAAAUAUGUGCUUACUGCGAGGAGGGCAUUUGCGUAUGUGAACAUAUUGAG